AUGGCCUAUAUUGGCGUAGCGAUGAAGAAGAUGGCUGGAAGAAAUGAUGUUGCGAUUGCUGCUGUCUUGGAAGCGAUGGCUCAGGCUAUGCAGAAUCAACCUAACACGGGUGCGCAUGAUGAAUCCCGUAGUUUGGCAACAUUUCAUAGGGAGAAUCCUCCUACCUUCAAGGACAAGUAUGAUCCUGAUGGAGCGAUGGCUUGUCUUAAGGAGAUAGAACGGAUUUUCCAAGUGAUGGACUGCACUCAAGUGCAGAAGGAAAAGUUCUAUCCUCACUAUAAUGAGGCUGCUGAGUUUUCAAAGUGUAUCAAAUUUGGGAAUGGGUUGCGUCCAGAAAUUAAGAAGGCGAUUGGAUACAAGAAGAUUCGCAACUUUCCAGAUUUGAUAGAUAGUUGCAGGAUUUAUGAAGAGGACAAUAAUUCUCAUUAUAAGACCCUUAAUGAGAAGCGAGGUAAGCACCAACAAUACCGUGGGAAGCCGUAUGAUGCUCUAGCUAGUAAAGGAAAACAAAAAGUUGCUGAUGGUCAGAGAACUAGUGGGGGAGACGCUCCCGCUGGUAUUGUAUGUUUCAAGUGUGGGAAACCUAGUCAUAAGAGCAAUGCAUGUACUACUAAGUUAGUAUCAGAAACCGAAGUAGACACAAGUUGGUGGGAAAGUGUUUGUUUAGCAGAGACUCAAAUAGCUACUGAGGACAGGAUUAUUAGAGGUACAUGUUUCAUUGAUAGCAUUCCUUUAAUUGCUAUUAUUGACACUAGUGCUACUCACUGUUUUAUUGUUGUUGACUGUGUAAAGAGGUUGGGGCUUGUUUUAUCCUUUAUGAAUAGAGAGAUGGUUAUCGAUACUCCAGCUAAUGGGUCGGUGACUACUUCUCUAUUGGAUUCCAACUAUGUUCAUAUUAAUUGUUAUUACAAGUCGGUGUGGUUUUCUACUCCUGAUGAGGAGAAGAAAACUGAGUUCUUAUCUGCUAGAAAGUUGAAGGAGUUGAUAAAAGAUGAAUCUCAAGUGUUUGCAUUGAUGGCCUCUUUGUCCAUUGAGAAUCAGGCUGCUAUUGAUGAAUUACCGGUGGUACCUGUUUCUAUGGCACCGUAUAGAAUGUCAGCAUCUGAAUUUGCAGAGUUAAAGAAGCAAUUAGAAGAACUACUUGAAAAGAAAUUCGUGAUACCAAGUUUGUCACCUUGGGGAGCUCCAGUGUUGUUAGUAAAGAAGAAGGACGGUAGUACGAGGCUUUAUGUUGAUUACCGACAACUGAAUAAAGUUACAAUCAAGAAUUAG